UUACAUCGAUGGUGUUUUGAUCUUUUUUGAAUUGAUCUAAUUAAUUAGGGAGGUUAUUUUGUUUAAAUUCAUCGUAGAUAUCAAAAAUCUUUCCUUCCAUGUUCAGUUUUCUUAGUAUUUUGUAAAUUUUUGUGCAAAAAAAUUUCCUCUUUUUUUCUCUCUUCAUAGUUGAGAAGAUUUCCUCAAUUUCAGGCCGUGUUGAUCGUGUUAUUAUAAAGAUCAUCCCCUUUGAAUUUGAUAAUUUCCUUAUAAAAUCUUGUUUGGAUUCUGUAAAUUUUCCUUCCUUUCCAGGAGUUUUCCUUUCGAGUUUGGAUUGUAAAGUGUGAAAAUCAAAAGUUAUGGAGGCUGUUAUGCUGUCAUCUUCACUUCAGAAACCGAGUUCCCCGUACAAGCAGGUGAAGAAUCCCAAGAGAGUCGGACGGGGUUUUGUUUCGAAGCCGAGCGAGAACUUGGCCCCGAUAAAUAACAUCCAUGGAGGUCUAUUGUUUGCUCCUACGCCUUCUUUCUCCUCUUAUCCUCCUUCUGCUCCGCUGAUGAAUCAUAUCUAUCAAAAUCAUCAACAGAAUCCCAACCUUCUCCGCCAGCAACAGCCGCCUCUCCUCCCUCUUCCAAUUUCUCAGCCGCUUCAUAGCUCACUCCCUGCUCGAUGCAGACCACUCUCUUCCUCUCCUAGCAGUAGGAAGACAAACAGGAGCAAAGCUCAAUCUCUCACCCCAAAGAAAUCAAAAUCGAAGCCACUUGCCUCUAAAGGAGAGGAGCAAAAGCCAAAGAAAGAUUCGAAACCAGUAGAAGCAACAGAGAAGGCGAAGGAGUCUGUUGUCGGUUUGGGACCGGAUCCGAACGAUCUUCCGAAGCAUGUGUUCAAGGUGUUAUUAUCUUCACCAUCAUUGACUCUGGUUGAGAGUAAUGCUGUGAUGAAUGAUUUGGAGACGUUUUCGGGUUCGAUUUUUACCCUGUCUCCACCGCCAAGCAGUUUGCCUUUGCCGAAGUUUUCACUCAGACCGAAGCUCAGGUGCAAUGCAGAAGCUGCUGGAAUUGACGCUGGAGCCACUGAUGAUCUCCAGCGACUACUUCGCCUCCGUUGAGGUGAAAGCUUGUCAUCGUUUUUAGAUCUCGUGCUGUGGUACAUGGUGUCAUGGGUUUCUGGUUUGGUUAUGUCUCCUCUAGUCAUAAGUUUAUAACUCUUCUGCUUUCCUAUGGUUCUGUUCCUAAUUCUCCCAUUCUUCUCCCCCAAGCUUUGCUGUUUUUGGUGCUUUCCUAUAAUUCUGUUCGUAUAUCUCCCAUUCCUCUUCCAAGCUUUGCUGUUUUUUUGGUAAGCUUUGCUGCUUGUGGUCAUGGGAAAAGGAUGUACUCAACCCCCUGGUUUUUAAUUUGGGGUGCACAAGAUACUGUUGUGUAUUUUCGUAUCUAUAAAAAGUUCUGCCUUUUGUUGUAUCAGUAAUUCGGUGGUGUAUCAUCAGAUUUGAGCUGCUUGGUUCUUCUUCCAGAAAGUGGAAACAAUAAUAUUAGAUGAAAAAAUCAAAUUGUUUCACUUGAGAAGAAAAAUAAAAAAUUAUGAUGUGAAUAAGUGUGAAAUACACACCGAAUCAAUGACAAAAUACACAUUGUAACAAGUCCUCCUAUGCUCAACACAUCCAAUAUCAGAAAGAUCAACCCGGAGACUCAGUUUUCUUGGCUUUGAUGAUUUCAACGGGGGCAGUGGUAGAAUACAGUCAGUCCAUCAUCUGCCGAUCUCAUCUAGAUUGGAAAAAAGAAUACAAGUUCAGUGAUCGU